AUGCGAUUUCUUUGCUUGCACGGUGCCGGCACAAAUGGCGAAAUCUUUGAAAUCCAAACAGGAGGCAUCCGCCAAUUACUACAGAAAAGUGGUCACCGCUUCCAAUUCAUGAACGGAAAGAUAAACGCGAAAGUCCAAGAGGAACUCGAAGGCAUAGUGGAUGGCCCCUUCUAUAACCACUACACCAGAGGUACCUCACCAGGCUCCACCGUCCUUGAAGCCUUCGACCACACCAAGCAAUUCAUCGCAGAAGAAGGCCCAUUCGAUGCGGUGAUAGGCUUUUCACAAGGCGCGGCACUAGCAGCUGCACUUUUAAUCCACCAGAGCAAGACGUACCCAGAUGAGCCGCCGCUAUUCCGUGCAGCGGUGUUUAUUUGCAGUGCGAUGCCAUGGGAGAGUUCCGGACUGGAGCAGAUUUCGCCGCAGCCAGAUAUCUAUCCGAUUACCAUUCCGACGGCGAAUAUCGUUGGUAAAGCCGAUGCGCUGUUCCCCGAGGGAGUCAAGUUAUUUGAGCUUUGUGAGCCCACUAAGGCGGCUUUCUAUGAUCAUGGUUCUAAGCAUAUGGUUCCGUUUGAUAUGAAGAAUACGGAGGAGAUGGUUAGAGUUAUCGAGGAGACUGUCGCGAAGGCUAUCAGGGGUUAG